CUUGGGCGGAAACGCGGAGGACGAUCAGACGUAGAGCCCCAUUUCCGGCCGCCAUUUACCUGACAUCAGGAGAUCGAGGGGUGGAGUUCCCUGUUGUUUCUAUCACAAGCUCUACAUUCCAUAGUACUACACCAAGAUGGCAGACGAGCAGGAGCCCCAGGCCAUUGCUGAGGGAGAGGAGGAACCAGAGGAGACUCCCGGCUACAAGACUCCAGCCAUGAAAACUCUGGAUGAAAUUAAAACCCUGGACGCCGAGGACGAGAGUCUGAACACCUACAAGAGCCAGCUGGGUCUCCAGGAUGUGUACGCCCCAGCCGAUGAUCCAGCCAGAGUAAGAGUGUUGAAGAUGGCUCUGGUUGUGGGUGGUCGUACUGAUGUGGAGUUGGACCUAACUGGAGCGGACCUGAGCACCUUGAAGGACAAGCCCUUCAUCAUCAAGGAAGGGGUGGAAUUUAGGAUCAAAGUUGUCUUCAGGUGCCAACAUGAAAUUGUGACGGGGCUGAAGUACGUGCAGACAAGCACCAGGAAAGGAAUCAAAGUGGACAAGUCCAAGUACAUGGUGGGAAGCUACCCGCCGGUGAAAACGCCACACUCGUACAUGACCCCGAUAGAGGAGGCGCCCUCCGGCAUGGUCGCUCGUGGCCACUACAAGGUCCAUAGUCAAUUCACCGACGAUGACAAAAACAUCUACCUGGAGUGGGACUGGGCGUUCGACAUCAAGAAAGACUGGGAGUAACACAUGUGAACCAUGUCUGCAUAACUUACCAUUAGACACAUAGAGUAGUGAGAAGUCUAGUCAUACUCACUUUUUUUCUUUUUCUACAUCGAUAUUGACCUCUGAGCUCAGCUCCCAGUUCUCUUGUUGAGGCAGUGGCCAGCUUUUUAUUUUGAUGUUUCCAACAAUUGCUGCCGAAAACAACUAUUCCAUUUGUAAUCAUUCAUGUUGGAGUUUUCUUCACCAGCUAACUCCUGUGUGAGAGGAUUGGUAGGUGAGCUCAGAGGCAGGUUGCAUAGCUGUAUAAGCUGUAGUGAGAUUAAGGAGACAUAAGUGCAUUAAAUCAACUGACAAUGAUUGGAUGAGCAAAGUAGAUACUUAAAACAACUGUAUGGAUGUCUGUGUCAAGAUAAUCACAUGCUUGAGGUUUGCUGAAUAUUACUUCACCCACCAAACAAGGAGAGAAGCAAAUUGCUCAGUGAUUAUAUUGGUGCAGUCUAAUCAUCAACUUAAAACUUGUAGCAAUGGAAUAGGGCUACCAGCUUUGUGAUCAAACUGCAGUUCAAAUAGCAACUGCUUGAUGGCAUUGUUGACAUACCUAAUUUAACUUGCACCAAAGCUCUACAUAUAUAAAGCAAAAUUUCUGCCUUGUAAAGAAUCCAACAGAAUCCAUGUUGUCUGACAUUGAUUUACAAGUUCUGUUGAAAUUGUGGUACUAAUUGGAAUACAUACCACCACACUAUUUUGUAUCAGAAUCAGUCAUCAGAUUUUUGUAAUGAAAGAUGUGGCAUUUCUACGUAUCCAUAAUCUCAAGUAUGUAUGGUUUUGAGAAGAGAUAUUUAGCAAGCAAUUAUAUUGUAAGAGAGAUUGUAUACAUUGGGUGUAGCAGAAAGCAUUUCUUAUUGAUUAUAAAACAGUAGGAUCCAGUGCAAGUUAUGAAGUAUACAUGUAGUUUGAAAUCGUUGCUUUGCUUCUUUGUAUGUGUGAAUGUGCCUACAUUUAAUGUAGUUUUCUUGUAAUCCAGCUUAGCAGCACCAAAUAGCUUUCAAGGGGAUGUCAGAAAAUUUAUUUUGUCUCCUGGGAUGCCCUCUCCUUUUGAUGAUCUGGUCAUAACUCUUAUCAAUGUUUUUCCUAUGCUGUGUUUAGAUCAUUUCUAUAUUCCAAAUUAGAAACUAAACAUACAUUUUUGUACAUCAAUGAGUAUCUCUUUCUGGAUAAUACACUCCAGUCUGUUGCAUGAGAUAUGGAUGGUGUAUUUGAGUAGACUGCUCCAAAUUCUGCUUCCAAACCACUUCCCCACUCAUUGACAUACAAGUGUUGACAAGACACUUUCUUGGUAAGGACCACAGAUUGAAAAGCUGUGCAAAGGAAAUGAAUCAGAAAUGUAAUUUCUUGGUUCUGUCUCUUGUUGGCCAUCAGGUGUCCACUUCUCAUAAUUCCAGCUGUAACAGUAAAGUUCCUUGGUGCACACAGUUUGAUUAAAAAUGAAGGGGAAGAACAGGAAACAGACACUAGAAGAAAAGUUAUCUCCGAUCUUGUUUGAUUUGAGGAAUUGUUAUUUAGCAUGGGAAGUGUGACCUGAUUGGUAAUUGAAAAACAGGAUAUUUCAGUCCGUCCAAACAUUUGAGGCAUUUGAUAAAACAUUCCUUAAACUUAAAAUGCAUAUUUUACUAAUGACCUGUCCCAUUUUCUGUUAGUGAACUAUGUCAUUGGCCACAUUUUAAACCCAGUGGUAGCAACAAUACUUGGAACGCCUAAUCCCUUCAACAUGCUUUGAAAGAUUCCACACUUCAGUUUUGUUGGACAGACCUGCUAGUAUUUGCCUUUGUCAUCACAGAAUUGCUCUACACUUUAGUAUUCCACUGAUGACAGAAAAGUGCCAUUUUUCGCUGGACAAUUAUGGGUGCUACAAAUGAGUAUGCACAACCCCAUUGCUCCUUGUGUCAGCACCAAACUGCCAAGCCUGCUAUGUACUUGUGGUUGUGACAUCUGUGUUCAUUUUCCUUGCUUUAUGAGUUGUACAUUCCAGUCAGGUGUUGUCAUUUGUGCAUUGAGAGUGAAUCCACUACCUACUAUGAACAGGCUGAUAGUUUGGGAGUAGCCUGGUGUGGGUACAGUGAAGAUAGUAGUCCAUGCCAUGUAAUGCUAACAACAGGAAUGUGUAUUGUAUGUCAGAGUGGGUAGAUCAGUCUAUUUUGCUUCGUGUACUGCUAUGUAUUAGACACUGGAAGAAUAAAAAUGAAGAGGCUGCAAA